UCUCCUAGCAACCUGGCGGGCGUUGAUCAGAGCCGCGGGCGCGAUGGACGCGGAAAGCCUCCUGCUAUCGCUGGAGCUGGCGUCCGGCAGCGGGCAGGGGCUCAGCCCCGACCGUAGGGCCUCGCUGCUCACCUCCCUUACGCUGGUGAAGCGCGACUACCGCUACGAUCGGGUCCUCUUCUGGGGCCGCAUCCUCGGCCUCGUCGCGGAUUACUACAUCGCGCAGGGCCUGAGUGAGGACCAGCUCGCACCACGCAAGACUCUUUACAGAAGGGGCCGUGGCAGGAAGCUUGGAAACCAGGAUCCUGGGGAUGUCGUUGGCAGUCUGAACUGCAUGGAGUGGAGCCUCCUGCCCCCUGCCACGGAGGAGAUGGUGGUGCAGACGUCUGUGCUGAAGGGCCGCUUCAUGGGGGACCCCUCACAUGAGUAUGAACACACCGAGCUGCAGAAGAUGAGUGAGGGCGAGAAGGUCUUUGAGGAAGAAGUAGUGGUCCAGAUCAAGGAAGAGACCCGCUUGGUGUCUGUCAUCGACCAGAUAGACAAGGCUGUAGCGGUCAUCCCCCGAGGAGCCCUUUUCAAGACCCCUUUUGGACCUAUCCAUGUCAAUCGGACCUUUGAAGGACUGUCCUUGUCUGAAGCCAAGAAGCUUAGCUCCUACUUCCACUUCAAGGAGCCUGUUGAGUUGAAGAACAAGACCUUGCUUGAGAAGGCUGACCUGGACCCUUCCCUGGACUUCAUGGACCCCUUAGAGCAUGACAUUCCCAAAGGGUCCUGGAGCAUCCAGAUGGAGAGGGGCAACGCCUUGGUGGUGCUGCGCAGCCUGCUCUGGCCGGGCCUCACCUUCUUCCAUGCUCCCCGCACCAAGAACUAUGGCUACAUCUACGUGGGCACCGGCGAGAAGAACAUAGACCUCCCCUUCAUGCUGUAGGAAGGGGGCCAGAUGGGCCCGUGUAGGAAGCAUCUACAAUUUACUUUCAUAAAUGGCUGUGAACUUGG